GUCACACUAUCACCCACACAUUCGUCGCUGCUCUGCAAAGUGUACCAAUAUUUAUUGCUAAAAUGCUGUGAAAAUCUAUAAUUUGCUUAAAAUUGAAUGCUUAAUUGCAUGCAACUGAUGGCCGCGUAGGCGUGGGCAGUGAAAUCUGCGUGAAAUUUCGCUGACAAUGCAGCGAAAAACAAACGCGAAAAAAGAUGAAAUCUAGUCAAUCAAAUUUUGUGAAUGAAGGAAAAGAGAAGAGGCGAGGGGCCAAAGCGAAAAACGCAAAUAAAAGUGACACGCAGAAACAAAACAGCUAAAAUGAAAUUUAUUUAAAUAUACUAGAGAUUUUGUCGAAAUAUAUGUAAAUACGAGUGACACAAACAAAUCAUCGAAAAGUCAAGAGUGUGUGUGCGUGUGGGAGUCUCCCUCUCUCUCUCCCUCCGCUUGUUGUUGUUGUGGUGGGGUUGAAAAGGCAUUGCCUGCAUAACGGUUAACGCGUGACGUAGCAGUCAAGUGCACCCCCGUCCCCGCCUUCCUUAACCCUUCAGAUAAGAGUAACCCCCUUUAUAAAGAGAGAGAUCUUCGAUCUGUUUAAACCCCAUUCAUCAUGAUGGACAACGACGACGCCCUGCUCAACAAUGGAGGACCACAGUCCGGAGCAGAAACGGUCUAUGGAACCGAGGACAACAACAUGGUCAUGUCGGAGAAGAACGAGCAGGUUGUCAGCAUCGUCCAACAACUGGCGGGUAGCAUUUAUCAAGAGUUCGAGCGGAUGAUCAAUCGCUACGAUGAGGAUGUGGUAAAGAACCUCAUGCCGCUGCUGGUGAACGUGCUGGAGUGCCUGGAUGCCUCGUAUCGCAUCAAUCAGGAGCAGGAUGUGGAGGUGGAGCUGUUGCGCGAGGACAACGAGCAGUUGGUGACACAAUACGAGCGGGAAAAGAGCGCCCGCAAACAGUCCGAACAGAAGCUUUUGGAGGCUGAAGACUUGGCCGAGCAGGAGAAUAAGGAGCUGGCCACACGUCUGGAGUCGGUGGAGAGCAUUGUGCGAAUGCUGGAGCUGAAGCACAAGAACAGUCUGGAGCAUGCCAGUCGCUUGGAAGAGCGAGAAACAGACCUCAAGAAGGAGUACAACAAGUUGCACGAGCGUUACACGGAGCUGUUCAAGAACCAUGUGGACUACAUGGAACGCACCAAGAUGCUGAUGGGCUCAACGCACUCCCAAAUGAGCACCGCCUCCGAUCGCAUGGAUGUGAGUCGAGCGAGACUUAAUCCGGUGGCCCGGAGUUCGGGACCAGUUUCCUAUGGUUUCGCCUCGCUGGAGAACUCGGUGAUGCUGGACACCGAGACCAUAUGCAGUGUGGGCAGUCAGUCGGAUGAUUCCGGGCCGCCAUCGCUGCAGAACGAGCUAGACAAUCUGGGCGGAACGGUGGAACGCGGCGCUGCCACCGACGCACUGCAGCAGCAACACCAGGCCACCUCGCCCCAAAGUCCCGACAGCAGUCCCGUCGUGCCAAAUGUGCCCACAAAUGUUGGUCGCUCGACCACCAAGAAGGAGCAGCGCUCGGAUAACAAUCUCUACCAAGAGCUGUCCUUCCAGGAUAACGAGGAGAGCGAAGAGAAUGAGAUUGUCACAGGCAGCUGGGUUCAUCCGGGAGAGUAUGCGUCCUCAGCUAACGACAACUAUUUUGGCAUGGGCAAGGAGGUGGAAAAUCUCAUCAUGGAAAAUAAUGAGCUGCUGGCCACCAAAAAUGCACUCAAUAUUGUCAAGGACGACUUGAUUGUGAAAGUGGAUGAGCUCACUGGAGAGGUGGAAAUCGUUCGCGAGGAGCUCAAUGCCAUGCAGCAAUCGAGGACCAAGCUGAGGCAGCGCAUCAGUGAGCUUGAGGAUGAGCUGAAGAAAGCCAAGGAGCAGGUCAAGCAGCAAAACACAGAACAAGAGGAGAACGAUGUGCCGCUGGCUCAGCGAAAGAGAUUCACUCGAGUGGAAAUGGCCAUGGUGCUGAUGGAGCGUAACCAGUACAAGGAGCGCUUAAUGGAGCUGCAGGAGGCAGUGCGUCUCACAGAGAUCCUACGCGCCUCACGCACUGUAGAUAAUUUGGACAGGAAGUCGAAGCAGAGCAUUUGGAAGUACUUUAGUAAUCUUUUUACCCCCUCCAACCGGCCAACGGAACGCGUUGCGGACGGUCUUGGAGGGGGGCCGAUGUUUCGUCACACCGGCGGAGGAAGCCCUGCCCACAGCCACGGAUCGCCCAGUCGAGGAAGUGGAGGUGGCGACCAUCGCCUGGCCCUAACCAGCGGCCAGCCGCCCGUGCAUCCGGCCAGCGCUGGCUUGGCCAAUGCCCUCAUCAUGCCCAAGGACUAUGCCGAGGAGGGUAGCUCCGAGAGGAUUAGUGCACGCAGGAGGGAGCAAUACCGCCAGCUACGCGCUCACGUACAAAAAGAGGAUGGACGACUGCAUGCAUACGGCUGGAGUCUGCCGAUCAACAAGGCCAGCCAGGAGGCGAAUCCGAAUCGUCACUCGGGCGGCGUACCCGUACCGGUCUACUGCAAUCCCCUGGCGGAGGCAUCGCCGCACAUGAAGGUGUUCUGUGCGGCUGGCGUUAAUCUGCACGGCGGCUUCACCAAGAAUGGCCAAUCGCUGAUACCUGCCAACUCACCGUAUGCUCCGAAGUCCACGCUCAAGAUUGCCGAAAUCACCAGUCCGACGGCAGAUCAGAGCAUGGAGGCGUUGGACAGACAGAUGGCACGGGUCAGCCUGGAGACGCUCGAGCCGGAGACGCAGCUCAGUUCGUUCGUGUGGAUAUGCACCAGUACACAUGCCGCGAGUACGGUCAGUGUGGUGGAUGCCAAUCAAUCGGCCACCGUUCUUGAUGCCUUUCCCAUCUGCGCCUCGCAUUUGCUUUGCAUUGCCUCUGUCCAGGGAGCGAUGGAGAGUGACUACGCGCUGCUGGAACAAUCGGAGGUGGUCAAGGCAGGCGAAAUGCUACAGCGACCGGGCGAAGGUGCCGAGCUGCUCGGCAAGGUGGAGUUUGUACGGGUUAAACCAAAGACGGACGAUGAGCAGAAUAGCAAUGCAGCAAGCAAGCAGCAGCAGCAGCAAGAGGAGGAGGAGGCCAAGGAAGCCACGGAGAAGUCCAACGAGCAGCUGCCGGAGUUGGGUGCCGAGGAGCCUUUGGGCAAUGUGGAGGCCAUCAAGAUACGACAGGCACUGCCAGGAGCUCCGCAGCGUCUAUCCACCAAUGGCAACCAGCAGCCAGCAAACAACAACAAUAAUACGUCGAGCGGCAACCUUUUGUUUGCCACCAAAUCGCUCAAUCCCAUACUCGAGACCAAGGAUCGCGAUGAGCCGGCAAUGAGUUCGGUGGGUCCGACGAUGUGGCUGGGCGCCCAGGAUGGCUGGCUGUAUGUGCACAGCAGCGUGGGCAGGUGGCACGAGUGCCUGCAUCGGGUUCUCCUGCCGGACGCUGUGCUGGCGAUUGUGCAUGUGGAGGCGAGGGUCGUUGUGGCGCUGGCCAAUGCCCAGCUGGCCGUGUUCCGCCGCCAGACAGACGGCCAAUGGGAUCUGAAUAGCUAUCACCUGGUGACGCUCGGUGAUCGCAACCAUUCGAUACGUUGCCUCUGUGUGGCCGGCGAGCGCAUUUGGGCGGCGCACCGCAACAAGAUCUUCAUCGUUGACCCCGUAUCGCUCAACAUUGUGCACUCGCUGGACGCGCAUCCGCGCAAGGAGAGCCAGGUGCGCCAAAUGGCGGCCACGGGAGCAGGUGUCUGGGUAUCGAUCAGGCUGGACUCCACGCUGCGGCUGUACAACACGCACACGUUCGAGCACAAACAGGACGUGGACAUUGAGCCGUAUGUAUCGAAGAUGCUGGGCACCGGCAAGCUGGGCUUUAGCUUCGUCCGCAUCACCGCCCUGAUGGUGUCCUGCAACAGGCUGUGGAUUGGCACCAGCAAUGGCGUGAUCAUCUCGGUGCCACUGGCUGAGGUGCAGCCAAAGUCAUCAUCCGAUCCGCAUGGUCAGAUGCCGUUGUGCUGCAUGGCCAAUGCUCAACUCUCCUUCCACGGCCACCGGGAUGCGGUGAAGUUCUUCGUUUCGGUGCCCAUGCUGCAGCAGCCGAACCUGAACGGCGGACUGACCUUCAGCAACAAACGGCCCGAUAUGCUAGUCAUGUGCGGCGGCGAGGGCUACAUCGAUUUUCGCAUAAAUGAUAACGACAUGGAGAACAGUAUUCAACUGGAACCAAAUCAAACGAUCGAAAAUCGAGGCGAUAAGAGUUACUUGAUUGUGUGGCAUGUUAGUCAACGUUAAAACCGAUUAUUUGGUUUAAGUGCAAAUGAUUAUUUAUAAAAGUUAUAUGAAUACAUAUAUAUACAUGUAUAAUCUAAUAAUACGAUACUUGCAGGCUAGCGAAAAGAUUACCUUAAACAUUAGUAUUUAUCUAACCUACCUUAAAAACAACCACGAUGACAAAAUGGGUUCUAUAAAAUAAUUUAGUUAAACAAUUUUCAAAUUUUGGCCGCGAGGCAUACCCAAUUGAUUCUUAUUGCUUCAAUUAAACCAAAAAUAAAACCUGCAAAGUUAUUUGUCAGUGAUAGCCAGCUAAAUAUUUCAUGAUAUAUAUAUAUUUAUAUAUAUAAAUAAUACAUAAUAAGAGUGUAACAAGAUUUAAAUUUGUAAAUUUUAUGCGCUCUGCUGGCAGCAAGUUAUGUAUUUUGCAUAGACACAAAAACACCACAUUUAUAUUUAAUUAUAAAUAUAUUAAAACAUGAUAUAGAAAAGUGCGCCUUUUCAAGGGAAUUUUUGCGUGAUUCUUCGUCCAAAUAUGUAGUAGAAUCUUAAUUUCUUGUAUCAUUAUUUUAUUUUAUUUUAAAGCGCAAUGUUGAGCAAUUUAUGUUUAGUUAUUUUGUUAAAUAAUUUUAAACUUUAGUUGAAAAUUUUCGGACCUUAACUUUGAUUGUUAUUCAUUUGUUUGUAAGCCUUGGUUAGUAAUAAAACAAAACGGAGUAAAAA